GGACUGUUGUGACAUAUUUUGUAGCUAUGAUCUCAUUUUAUUUUUAUUGCUAUUACUAUUUUUUUUUUUUUUAAACGCUGGGAUGACACGUAUAUUAUGUAUUGACGUAGGAAAGGACGGUAGUGUCCUUAGUUGGCCUCGGGUUCGGAUGAGGACCCGGUUAGCGAUUUGGACCCUCGGGUUCGGGUCGUUACAUUUUCUCCUUCUGCUUUUUGGUGUUGCUAGAAAAAGAAAAAAAAAACAAAAAGAAAAAAAAUGUCAGCAAUUGUUCGUAUUGAUAGUGUCAGAAUAUCCCGAGCCGAGUUCAAUGCCUUAGUCAAUUUGACACAACCCACAUCUCUUGACAGUGUUGCCAACUUUACCCAAACAGGUAAUGUUGCUUGUUUUUCGGACUUCCAGUCUUCCUCUUCCUCUUGGGUUCUUGACUAUGGGGCAUCUACCCAUAUAACGGGUAAUAAAUCUCUAUUUUCUGAUUUUCACAAGUUUAAUUCUCCUUCUUUUGUUACUUUAGCCGAUGGCAGGACUUGUCCCAUUAUUGGACAGGGCAGGGUACACUUCAAUUAGUGCCUUCCAUCUCGUUAUCUCAUGUGCAACUUGUUCCUAAGUUUCCUUUCAACUUAUUAUCUAUGAGUAAGACCACUGAGGCACUCAACUGUUCCGUGACCUUUUACCCCUCAUUUUGUGUGUUUCAGGAUCUCAAAACGAAGAAAACAAUUGGUGGCGGCAUUGCGAAAAAUGGUCUCUAUUACUUGGAUUGUGAGUCGCCUACUGGUGCUACUGCCCUCCAUUCAUAGGUCUCUGCCAAUGCCCACCAGUGGCAUUAUCGGUUGUGUCAUCCAUCCUUAAGGUACUUGAAGUCUGCCAUUCCUUCUCUUGGGUCAGUGUCUACUUUAGAAUGUGAGUCGUGUCAAUUAGGCAAGCACCUUAUCAAGCCUUCCCACUUAUUUUCUUUCUUUGUUCCAAAUUCUAUGCUCCGUUGUUGAUAGAAUUGAACAAAUUCAAAGGAAUUUCCUUUGGGGAGGAAGGGGAGAUGAGUUCAAGUAUCAUCUUGUUAGAUGGGAGCAAGUAUGCAAGCCUAUAAAAUUGGGGGGUCUUGGUAUUAGACGAUUGAUUCCUUUUAAUCAAGCUCUUUUGGGCAAGUGGUUGUGGAGAUACGGGAAGGAAAGACAUCGUCCUUGGUGCAGAUUAGUAUCUUGCAGGUAUGGGGAAGAUGUUGGCGGAUGGACUACUCGUUCGGUUUCUAUUGCGGGAGGAGUUGGGGCUUGGAAAUCCAUUCGGAAAGGAUGGGAUGCCUUUUCCUCUCAUAUCAAAUUCAGAGUUCGUGAUGGUAGUUGCGUUCGUUUUUGGGAUGAUCUUUGGUGUGGGAACUAGCCUUUAUGUCGUACAUUUCCCAGAUUAUAUAGUAUUGCAGUUGAUAAACAUGCCAGAGUAGCUAACUGUUCUCAGCUUGAUAAUAGUGGGAUUAUGUGGAAUGUUCAUUUUCGGCGUUCAUUUCAGGAUUGGGAGUUGGAAGAGGAGCAUUUUCUUGGAUCAAUUGUAUCGGCAAGAAGGAAUUGGCAGGGGUUAUGACAAUUUGAUUUGGAUUCCCUCCUCUCAUGGGCGUUUUGCAGUAAGGUCUUUGUUCUUAUGUCUGUCUAAUUUUGCAUCCUAGGAUUUUCCAUGGAAGACUAUUUGGUGUUCUAUGGCUCCUACUAGGGUGGCAUUCUUUAUUUGGACUGUUGUUUGGGGUAAGAUUAUGACGAUCGAUAAUAUGAGGAAAAGGGAAAUUUUCUUGUUAAUUGGUGUUGUUUAUGUAAGCAAGAUGGGGAGUCAGUCGAUCAUCUCCUAAAGCAUUGCUCUGUAGCGCACGAUUGCUGGAAUCUCAUUCUUGGCCUAUUUGGCAUGUGUUAGGUAAUGCCACGCUCUACUAAGGAGCUGAUUCAUGCUUGGAGAGGUUGUCAUGUGAGUAGGAGUGUUCGUGCUUAUUUGAGAUCUGUACCACAUUGUAUUUGGUAGUGCAUCUGGAAGGAGCGAAAUAGUAGAAUGUUUGAAGGGAAGGAGUCGCCUAUAGUGACACUGAAACUUUUUAUUAUUCGUUCUCUUUUUUGUUAUGUGAACAGAAAUUCGUGUUCCUCUUUUGUUGAUUUAAUUUCUUUUUUGGAUUCUUUGGGGCCUUAGACCCCGGUUUCUUUUAUGUCUACGGGACGCGUUCCCCUAUUGAACGCCUUUUUUAAUUUAUUAUUACUUAUCAAAAAAAAAAUUAGGUAAGCACCAUAGAGUCUUGUUUCCUCCCCAAGUUGAUAAUCGCCGGUCUUCUUUAUUUGAAUUGGUACAUACUGACAUUUGGGGUGCUGUGCGUCAUGUGAGUAAUUCAGGUUUUUCAUAGUUUGUUACCUUUGUUGACGACUAUUCAAGGAUGACUUGGUUGUUUUUAAUGAAAAACCGAUCUGAACGUUUUUCCAUAUUUAAAUUAUUUCUUAAAGAAAUUGAGGUCCAGUUUGGCUGUGUUAUAAAAAAUUUCCAAUCUGAUAAUGCUAUGGAAUAUGUCAAAGGUGCUAUUUCUACAUUUUGUGAGUCUCGUGGACCUCGUGGUAUUUUGCACCAAACUUCUUGCUCUUAUACUCCUCAACAAAAUGGCGUAGCAGAAUGGAAAAAUAGGCAUUUAAUUGAAAUAGCUCGGACUUUAAUGAUCCAUAUGCAUCUUCCAAAGCCUGUUUUAACUGCUUGCUAUUUAAUUAAUCGUAUGCCAUCUUCCGUUCUUAACUGGAAAUGCCCUUAUUCUUUUGUUUUUCCUACUCGACCGUUAUUUGCAUUUACUCCUCGUGUUUUUUGGAGUGUGCGCUUUGCUCACAUAUUACGUCCUGGCACUGAUAAAUUGUCUCCUCGUGCCAUUAAGUGUGUCUUUAUUAGGUACUUUCGGACUCAAAAAGGUUAUAAAUGUUGGGACCGUAACACUAGUCGUGCUUUUGUGUGUAUGGAUGUUACCUUUUUUAAGGACACUUCUUACUUCUCUGCCAGUGGUUCAUCUUUAAAUACUGAUUUGUUGCUUCUGCUACCAAUUGUGUCUACUUCAUUAGAGUCUGUCACACAACGACCACUACAAGUUUAUAGUCGACGAUCAUAGGCAACCCGGCCCCAAUUGUCUACUUCUAUUGAGGUUCCUCCUCCUGCUAAUGAUAUUCCUAUUGCCUUGCGUAAAGGUAUUCGUUCUUGUGUUACUGCACAUCCUAUUUCUAAUUUUGUCUCAUAUAAUCAUGUUUCACCCUCUUUAUCUUGUUUUUUAUCCACAUUAUCUGCUACUGUUAUUCCCAAGACUUUGCAGGAUGCCCUUUCUAAUUCCAAUUGGCGCAAAGCAAUGGUUAAUGAAAUGGAUGCUCUUCAUCAUAAUGGGACAUGGGAUCUUGUUCCCUUACCUCUUGGUUCCAAACCGGUUGUUUGUAAGUGGGUCUACACUGUCAAAUACCUUCAUGAUGGGUUUAUUGAGCGUUUGAAGGCUCGUCUUGUUGUAAAGGGGUACACCCAGACUCAUGGUGUUGAUUAUGAUGAGACUUUUUCCCCUGUUGCAAAGAUUUAUAUGGGUCCUUAUUUCCAUUGCUGCCAAUCGUAACUGGCUGUUGUUUCACUUAGAUGUGAAAAAUGCUUUCUUACAUGGCGACUUAAUUGAAGAAGUUUAUAUGGAGCAACCACCUGGGUUUGUUGCUCAGGGGGAGUAUCGUCAUACCGUUUGUCGCAUAGUUGUUAAAGUCGCCGAAGGCGCGCGCCUGAGUCACCACCUUGGCACCUUGAAAGGCUUAGGGCGAGGGCCUUGUACUAGGUGCGCGCUUUUGGGGCUUAGGUGCAGGGCUACAGGCGCGCCUGUUUGAAAAAGUUUUUUUUUUUGAUUAUUUUGGUUGUGACUUGUGUGAGACAGUGAGUCUGUGAUAUAAAAAUAUUCAGAUAUGUUAAAGACUUGAAGCUUUUAUCACUUGCAAGUUACAAAGCCAAAAAAAAAAAAAAAAAAAGAAUCAAAAAGCAAAAGGCAAAAGGAAAGAAAAUACAGAGAAGAGAGAGAGAAGUAUGAAGCCGGAACUGGAAGGGAAGCUCGGAUCUGCCGUCUGCGAAGCCCGGAUUUGCGAAGCGCCGGUAAGUUCUCCACUUCUCCUUGCUUCUUCUUUUUCUCUCCUUCUUACUUCUUCUUCUCUUCUCGGUUUUUUUUUUUUUUUUUUCUCUCUCUUCAGUCUUCUCUCGGCUCUCCUUGACUAUAGUCUCUUGAGUCUUGCUUGUAUUUUUUCCUUCUCUCGGCUCUCAGCCUCUCUCUGAUAUUUUUUUCUUAUUUUUAUUUUUUCUAUUCUUCUUCUUCUUGGCUCUUUUUUUUUUUUUUUCUUUAUUUCUUUUUUUUUCUUUUUCCCUCUAUUCUUCUUCUCUCGACUCUCAGCCUCUCUCUAAUAUUUUUUCUCUUUUUUUUUUUUUUUUUUUUCCUAUUCUUCUUCUUAGCUCUCUCUGCUUCUGCUCUUCAGCCUCUUCUUUUAUUUUUUAUAAUCUGUGCUGCUAGAAUAAAUUGUAGUUUACAACUUUACAAUUCUGUGCUGCUGGAAUAAAUUGUAGUAUACAUAUCAGUUGGUAUAUGCCUAUAUGGUAUCAUGCAGUCCAUAUAUGCAUAUAUAUUACAUCUCAUAUAGUAGAUAAAUCUCAUAUAGUAUAUGCAAGUAAUAAGUGUGUAUAUAAAUGUAUCAACAUGUUAAUUGUCAAGGUGUUUGUGACAAUGUGACUUGUGAGCAGUCCAUGAAAUGUUAAUAUUGCUUUGAGCCUUUGAUUCUUUGAAGCUCUGUAAUUUUUUUUUUUUGUCAGAGUUCGUUGUAGACACUGAUUACAUGAUGCUAAUCAUGUUAUUAUUUUGUUAUCUUGAAUUUGAUUGUAGUUUGUACUUUAAAAGAUGCCUAGUGAUGGUUCAAGAAAGGAUCCGGCAUGGAAUUACUCACAUUUGGAGAAUCUGAAAGAUACAAAUGCCGUCACUUGUAACUUUUGUGCAAAAGUUACAAAAGGAGGUAUUUAUCGGGCUAAGUAACACUUAGUUGGAGGGUAUUGAAAUGUGAGUGCAUGCACAAGAUGCCCAUCUAGUGUUAGAGAAGAAAUCAAAGAAUACAUGAGUAAGAAAAAGGAAGAAAAAGAGCAAAUGAAUUUGUUACCUAGUGAUGAAAUUAAUUUCAUUGAUGGAGAGGAUGAGGAUGACGCUAUGGAAGUUAACAAUCGGGGAAAAAGGGUAGCUAGUGCAAGUAGUGACAGUGCUAGUGUCAAUUCCUCAAAGAUGCAAAGCAAAAGGGACCGAUUGAUUUAUAUUUCACUCCCAGACCGGAAAUUGUGGUACAAAGAAGAAAGGAGGGGGGAAAACAGACAACCAUUAAUGAUGCAUGCAAGAAAGAGUUGAGAGGAAGAGCGUGUACUGCUUUUGCAAGGUGGAUGUAUGAUGCAGGGAUUGCAUUCAAUGCUGUUAAGUAUGAUAGCUUUGUCGAGGUUGUUGAAGCAAUUGGACAAUAUGUUCCUGGCAUGAAACCACCUAGUUAUCAUGAGGUGAGAGUUCCUUUGCUUAGGAAGGAAUUGGAUAAUACCAAUGCUUUGAUGAAUGACCAUAGAGAGGAGUGGUCAAAAUUUGGAUGCUCAUUAAUGGCAGAUGGGUGGACAGACAAAAGAGAGGGAGAACAUUGCUUAAUUUCCUAGUAAAUAGUCCAAGGGGAACCAUGUUUAUUGAAUUGAUAGAUACUUCUUCUUUUUCAAAGGAUGGUGCAAAGAUGUUUGACUUACUUAAUAAAUUUGUGAACCGCAUUGGAGUAGCAAAUGUCGUCCAAGUCGUCACAGAUAGCGAAUCAAGCAAUAAGUAUGCCGGGAGGAUGUUAGAGAAAGAACACCCACAUUUGUAUUGGACACCAUGUGCUGCUCAUUGCUUAGACUUGAUGUUGGAAGACAUUGGGAAAAUACCGUCCAUCUCUAGAACAAUGCAGAGGGCAGUGGAGUUGAAUAGUUAUAUUUAUAUGCGUCCAAAGUUGUUAAACAUUAUGAGGAACUUUACUCAUAAAAAGGAGUUGCUUAGGCCUGCUAAGACUCGAUUUGCUACAUGUUUCAUCACAUUAUCAAGUAGUCACAAGCAAAAUAAUAACUUGAGAAAGAUGUUUACUUCAGAAGAAUGGAAUCGUAGUAAAUGGGCGAAAGAGGAAGCCGGUAAAAGAGUUGCUUCUUAUGUUUUGAUGCCUUCCUUUUGGAACAACAUUGUCUUUAGCCUUAAGGUAUCUGGUCCUCUUAUUCCGGUUUUGAGAUUAGUUGAUGGCGAGAAAAAGCCUCCCAUGGGAUACAUUUAUGCGGCUAUGGAUAGGGCUAAAGAAGCCAUUGCAAAAUCAUUUGGGGAAGUAGAAGACAAAUACAAGGAUAUUUUUGAAAUAAUUGAUAAAAGGUGGAAUGUUCAACUUCAUCGCCCUUUGCAUGCAGCAGGUUAUUAUUUGAACCCAGAAUACUUUUAUUCAAAUCCUAAAAUUGAAGAAGAUGAAGAGAUUGCAAAGGGUUUGUAUGCAUGCAUUGCAAGGUUAGUUCCGGAUGUCAAAGACCAAGACAAAAUUACCGAGGAGCUGUCCUUAUAUUCUAAAGCUGAGGGCUUCUUUGGUAAUCCCUUUGCUAUUAGAUAGAGAAGUACACGAGGACCAGGUAAAGUGGUAAAGUAUAUUAAGUUAGUAUAGCUAAGUGUUAAAAUUAUUUUGACAAUAGAGUCGAUAGAAAGAUGAAGCUAAAGUUGCUAAACAUCAUUAUUAAUUUUUUUUAAUAGCUAAUUGGUGGGAAGCUUAUGGCAAGUCAACAAAACUUCUCCAAAAGUUUGCUAUAAAGGUUUUAAGCCUUACUUGCAGUUCUUCUGGUUGUGAACGAAAUUGGAGCGUGUUUGAGCAUGUAAGUAUAUACUAUCUACUAA